CCCCGACAGUUGUAUCAUUACAGUCGUACAGUUCAAAGGAACAACAACAGCAACAACAAAAUAACACCAGCCAGCAAAAGCAGCAGCCAUCGUCCACCUUCAGCUUGCUACGUUCAGCAGAGCAACUCUUCGUGAUCGAAAAAUCGAAAAACCAACAAACAUCACCAUGAGUGUCGCGUUUAAGUUCGGAUUAGUAGUGUUGUCGGCGUGCGUGUGCUUGRCUUCGGCCGACCCGAUCCCCGCAGCGGCGGUCAAACCAAUCGACGAAGGAUGUGCCGGCCACCAGGACUCGUUUGCCUGCGCUCAAAUACAAUUCUACCGGGCAGCCCGAUCUUUCUUCGACCAGGACAAGGUUGAUCUGAUUGGAGGUUUGUCCCUCGUCAAGACCGAGAAGAAGGGUAGGUCCCUCGCCGAGAACGCCGAAGAUGUCAACAAAGUGGAAAACGCCAAAGACUCCAACGACCGUGAGACCGCACUUGAGGACUUCACCAUGCACAAGGUAAUGCGUUUCUUCCAAGAGAGGACCCUCCACUGGAACUUGUCGCCAAUUGUCACCGAAGUAUCCGAAACCGCCCGCAGCGUUGUUGACCAAAUCCCAACUCAAUUCAAAUCCAAGAUCUCCAACUACAUCGAAGAAGGCCGUGGUAUCCUCAAGAAGAAGAAGUUCUUGAAGCAUCUUAUCCCACUCUUGAUCGCUCUGAAAGUCAAAUUAUCCGCCUUUGUCGUCAUCGCUUACUUCGUCAUCGCUUUGAUCGCUAAGAAGGCUCUGUUAGCCUCUGUCAUCUCUCUGCUCGUUUCCGGAUUCAUUGGUAUCAGAAAAUUGUUGGCCAGCCAACACCAAACACCUCACCAUGAAGUGAUCGAGACACACGCCUCACACGGUAGCUACGGUAGCAGCGCCCCAAGCGGUUACAGCGCAUCCAGCUCCGGAUGGGACAGCUAUGGAGGAGGACACGAUGCCCAUGGAUCAUACUCCAACAACGUUGGCCAGACCUUGGCCUACGGUGGACAAAAGCCAGUUGCCAGAUAGAGACUACGACGUGAAAGGCAAGCCUGACUAUUUGUAUAUAUAUAAUAUUUGUGCAAGGUCUUGCCCGCCGCAGUUCAACAAUGGUGAAAACAACAUCAGCAAAAAAAUACAAAAAAAAACUCACAAAUUAUUUAUUUCAAAUUAUCAUCGACUCCGACGCGGCGCGACACGUAACUCAUACGAAACCGGGACGACGAGCCAUCGACUGCCGACAUUUUUUAUUCAAACAAGUCGAUGAUUCGACUACUGGUGUAUAUUUACGAUGACUAUACUACGAUAGGGACCACGUGACUGACAUACAAUUAUAACCGACGCGACAAUUAUAUAAUAUCAUCAUCCUCUCGUCAUAUAUAUAUAUACACCCCCGACUCGUUAAUUAUUUUUAUUUAAUUUUUAAAAUAGCAUAAUUUUAAUAUGACUCUUUACUUGGUAGGUUGACAUUAACCCGACAAACCCGAAACGGAUAUGGUGUCAUCCACACGACUGACACGUUGACUGAACGAACCUAUAUAAUAUUUUUACCAUAAUUUAUUUUCAAAAAUAACCAUAACGCAUAUAUUAUAUAGCAUAAUAAUAUUAUAAUGACGAAUAGAUAUGUGCCAAAGACAUAAUAAUAAUAUAUCAACAAUUAUAAUAUUACGUGUAGGACAUGACUGACUUUAUAGCCCCACUCGUUGACUUCACUGACUUUGACUGUCGUCGUGAUACACUGUCUCGACGACCGUCAAAAUAACGACCAUUUGACAACCCGCAUACUAUCUGACAACGUAUACAACCGACUCGAUUAGCUUAUCCGCUAAUAUUAUACUUAGUCGUAUCGGACGUAAGAUAAUUAUAUUUAUUUAUUUUUACCCGUUUUGUAAAACAUUUGUAUUUUUUAUUUAAUAAAUAAACGCAUUUAGUUAUUGCCAAAGAAAAUGUCAA